CCCCGCCGCGCCUCCCCAGCCUACAUAAGCAACUUGCACGAUGGUCGGUCCUCGCGGGGAUAUGCGGCACGAACUCUCGUUUCCGACGUGAAAUAAAAAUGUGAAGCAAAGUGUAACCCCGAGGGAGAGGAGCAUCGGCAGCGGCAGAAUCGGAAGAACCAACAAAAACAACACCACCACCACCACCACCACCACCACCAACAACAACAACAACAGCAGAGGAGGAGGAGAAGGAAGACACAACCUCAGCAGAAUCAUCAGCAUCAUCAGCACCAACAUAGCAACAGGAGGGCCGUCAAGGGGUGUACGUGUGUGUGUGCGUGUGUGCGUGCUGAGCUUGCUAGAUCUGUCUGUGGAUGCGAUGGCUCGAUCUAAAGACGACUAGGUCAGCAUUCCUUGACCAGGGCAGGGUCACGGCACUACACCCCCCUACCCCCUCCUCCUAGUCCCCCUUCCCCCACAAACCAUGACCUCAAGUGCGACAAAGACUUCACCAAACACCAACGGAAGUCACGAUACAACACCCACUAUGAUGACGAUGAUGAGUUCCUGGUGUCCAGAUGACGACAACCGGACACCUUACAAGCCCCCAGCCCCACCUCCGCCCCGCCCCCGCCGCCCCACGCCCGCCUCCAGCCUGGCGUCCCUAGCGGCGGUGGUGGUGGUGGUGGUAGCGGGGCUGGCGGGGCCCGUGGAAGCCGGCCUGAUGGACUUCUCGGCGCCGGAAGUGAUCCAGUACGGCACAUGCGCCCAACCCAAAGACCAGCAGCCCUUUGACUUCCGCCAGUUCAACGGUCUGUGGUACCAGGUGGAGAUGGUCCCCAAUAGCUACAUGGAGCCCAAACAGUGCAUCACCUUACACUUCGACUGGAACGGCGAGGCGUACAACGUGACGACGGUGGGACUGAAUGAGUACAACGAGGUGGUGUAUCAGGACGCCAUCAUCACGAGGGAGCAGCCUAAGGACCUCGCCUCACGCCCUUACCUGAAGAUUAGAGCGGCCGGAGUCCCCCCGGUGCCCUACCACGUGGUCAAGACGGACUACCACAACUUCGCCUGCGUCUACUCCUGCUUCGAACUCUUCGCUCUCAUGUUCGAGGCGUUCUCCGUGCUGAGCCGCCACGCCGUGCUGGACGAGGCGACCCAGCAAGCCUGCCACCAAGCCUUCGCCGCCCUGGACGUCGACGUGACCAGACUCCAGCCCGUGCGCCAGGACGGACUGUGUCUUCUGGAGGGGCUGGAAGGCUCAGGGGAGGCACCGCACUGGGACGAGGACGAGGAGCACGAGGACAGGAAUGCAUUAGCGGCGUUGACAAGCGAGGAAGUGAACCCAAAUGCUUCCUCUGCCUCAAACCGACGCUCAGACCCAACUGUGCAGGAGGAGGAAGUGGAGGAGGGAGAAACGCUGAUGGAGGAGGAAGAGGAGGAGGUACAAGAGGGCGAGGAGGAUGCAGGAGGGGCCGAGGCCGAAGAAACAGAGGGUAUAUUAGCCAGCGAAACAUCCUCCUUCACGAAGCUUAAACUUGCAACCUUGAGAAACCAGACAGACGGAGUAAUACAAGAACGGCCGAACGGAACCUCAGGAGUAAGCGACCUUGAGGGUAAGAAGCCGAGGAAGGGUCACAGGAGGAAAAACAUGAAAGGGGUGCGGAGGAGGAAAAAAGGAGAAGGGAAAGAAGAGGAAAAGACCCCUCCAACAACAUCACGUAACGAGGAUUUCUACCUGGACGAGAUUCACCUGGACUCCCUCUACUACCCCAUGCCGGAGGAAGAAAGAGGAGGAGGAGGGGGAGGAGGAGAUGAACGAGAUCGGGCGUCGCUCUCCACCCACGACCACGACGGUGCAGGGGGUGUCGCAGCCUCCUCCCCCCUGCUACUCCUCGCCCUGCUCACUCUCGCCCUCUGUGCCCGUGUGCCGCCCGCGCCCUAGGCAGGCAAGCAGACCCCCACAACGGAUGGCAAGCCCAGUCGCCACACUCAGUACUCCUUCCCUAUCCACCCCGCCCACACCGCUGCCCGAGGAGUGUGGGGUACGUGAGGACAACUUCUCGUGACAUACUUUGCCGUGGACACUUUUAAUGGCAAAGGAGACAGAACAAAGGCUAAAACAUGUACAAUUGAAGUCCCGCAAUACACUGCCCUCGGUAAAGUAAACAGUGCGGUGGCUCAGUUGGUAUGCUGCUGUGACAUGUAUUCUGAAGUCCCUGGAUCGAUUUCCAUUUCGAGAGGAGGAUGAAAAGAGAAAGAUCGAAAUUAUUCCUAGUGUAAUACUUUCUGAGGUAUAGCCGAGUGAUUGUUGUUAACUGACAAGGUGAACAGCAAAUAGCAAGAAUCGUGUUGUGAGCUGUGUUGUGUUUCAUGUUCUUCCAAGGAAAAAUCAAAUUCCAGCGGUUUACAGUUUGUGGUAAAGCUUUGAGUCGCCUCAGAUGCGAGCCAGAACAACAUGAACGAAAAAAGGCAAGACGACAAAGAGCAAUGGAAAUGAGCUUGAGUGACAGGAGUAUUGCCCGGGAGAGGAGUUAAUUUAAACACAGACAGACAAGAGAAAGGCACAGUAGCUAUUCAGUGGCCGCUAAAACCACUGAAAAGACUGGCCAUUAAAAAGACCGACAGACACGUGAACCCGGGCAUGAAACGGGACACAUCUGAACUUACUGCCGCUAUCUGUACUACUUGCUGGUGAUGGGAUGGGAUCUUCGAGGUAAUAAGUGCUGAGGGGGCAAAGCAAGCUAUAUUACUUAAACUGAAAUGAAAAAAAAAAGUUAUGGCAAUGGUCUGACAAUUGUAUAGAAAAUUAAAUUGAUCGUGAUUGACGGAAAAUAGAUGAAGUGGUAGAGGUGAAGGUGAAGGCUUGUUGUGGUGUUUGUUGCUGUGGUGCUGAUAAAGAGGAGUGAUGAGUAAAGGCUUUCACCGAGUAUCUUUCUGCGACUAUCUUUUUUUAUCUUACUUUAACUGUGACUAUCUUUUUUAUCUUACUUGCCGAUUACUACCGCUCAGCGCAGGUCACGUAGGCGGGGAGACAAUGCAAGACACACCGAUACAUUUUGUUUAAUAAAGAAAAAAAAUCUGGGAUAGACGAACCUUAUUGUAACUGAGCCAGUGCGACUCACCUUUUUUUUUUUUUACAGCAAAGGAGACAGCACAAGGGCACAACAAAAAGGAAACAACAAUAAAAAAAAGCCCGCUACUCGCUGCUCCUGUAAAGAAUCCGAAGAGGUGUCCGAAAAAUUAUUCCUAUAGAUACUUAGAAAAACUUCGCAAAGUACCCAAAUAUGCUACAGAAAACACAGACGAAACACAACAACCACAACAACAAAAACAACAACACCAGCAGCAAGACGAAAUAGUGAAAGAGAGGAGGAGGAGGAGGAGGAGGAGAAGGAGGAGGAGGAAAAGUCUAACAUAUAUACAUACCAGUGAAAAAAAAGAAAGUUGGAGCAAUCAAAACUUUGGCGAGUAAAUUAUCAUCAAAAACUCAUCUUUCCGGCAGCACGGAGAUGUUUGGGCCGCGUCUCCGUGACGAACCCACGAGCCGCCAUUACGACCGUCUGGCGGGGAGGCGACCAGGCGGGCAGGGAGGCGGAAGGAAGGUAAAUAAAGAAGAGGAGGGACGACACGGCGCGAGGAGAAACGAAGAGAAAAAGGCAAUAAGAAAAGGAAAAACGAAAAGAAAAAUUGAUAAAGAUAUUGAACAAGGACGAGAUGAGAGGAGGAGGAAGAGGAACAACAUGGCACGACGAAAAGGAAAUAAGAAAGAAAAGAAAGAAUGAAAAAGAAAAGAGGACCAUGAAGGAAAGAAGACGAAAAGAAAAACAGAGAAAGAAAUGGAACAAAGGCAAAAAGAAAGUAUAUAAAGAAGAUAAAGGAAAACACGGAGCAGCGAGAAGACGAGGAGAAAGAAGCAAUCAAACAAGGAAAAGAAGGACGAGCAGGCACGAAGGGAGGAAAAACGAGCAGGUGGGAAAGAAGAUGAAAAGGAAAAGAAAAGGAAACAUAAAACCAAAGGAAAAACGAACAAGCACGACGAGAGAAUGAAAAGAAAAAAGUAACGAGAAAGAAAAAGAAAGAUGACCAUGUAGGGAAAAUUGACUAACAGAAAAAAAGGAAAAAGAAAGGAAACAAAGGCGGAGGGACGAAUAGCCCGUAAAAAAAUAUGGAAAGAAAAGGCAGAAAGAGAGAAAAGAGUGCCAGGCGGGAAAGAAGACAAAAAGAAACAGAGAUAAAGAAACGGAACAAAAAUGAAAUGACAGGAUGAAGAGGAGGAAGAGGAGGGACGGGUAGCCAGAAAGAAAGACGAAACGAAAAGCCAGUAAGAAUGAAACGGAAAAUAAAACGACCGGGCGGGUAAGAAGACGAAAAGAAACAGAGAUAAAGAAACGGAACAAAAAUGAAAUGACAGGAUGAAGAGGAGGAAGAGGAGGAACGAGUAGCCAGAAAGAAAGACGAAACGAAAAGCCAGUAAGAAUGAAACGGAGAAAAAACGACCGGGCGGGUAAGAAGACGAAAAGAAGAAGAGAUAAAGAAAGGGAACAAGCACGGAAUGGCAGGAUGAAGAGGAGGGACGAAUAGCCAAGAAAAAGACGAACAGAAAAGGCAAAAAAAAAAAGGAAAACGACCAGGCGGGUAAGAAGACAAAAAGAAAAAGAGAUAAAGCAAGGGAACAAGGAUGGAAUGGCAAGAGGAGGAGGAGGAACGAAUAGUCAAGAAAAAGACGAACAGAAAAGGCAAAAAAAAAAAAAAUAAUAAAAACGACCAGGAGGUAAAGAUGACAAAAAAAAAAUACUGAGGAAAGGGAACACGGUUGGACUGACAGUAAGGGGAAGAGGAACGAAUACACAACAAACAAAAAAGACGAGAAAAAUAUAAAGAAAAGAAAAAAUGUGAAGUGGAGAGUGGAGAAAGGACAAAAAAGCGAUCCAUUCUUCACAAUAUCAUCACGACCAAGCUACACUGACAACUCACCUGACAACAAACAAAUCAUCACAGGUAUACAGCUUCAUUAAUACAGGAAAGGUGUUGCAUAGGCCAAACCCCUUGACAUACGCAUACACAAACUGCACAUCAUCAUCACCAUCAUCAGCCUCACUACCACCACCACCACCAACAACAACAACAACAACAACAACAACAACAACAACAACAACAACAACAACAACAACAACAACAACAACAACAACAACAACAACAACAACAACAACAACAACAACAACACACCUAGGCACCACAUCUAUUUUUUUUAUACUUGCGAUUUCCCCCCGUGAAAAAAAAAAUAUAGGAAGAUAGUAUUUUUCCUCCUGUUCCUCCUUUCCCACCCUCUCCUCCCUCGUCACAAAGAGGUGUAGGAGACCCAGUGCUUCCUCCUCUCCUCCUCCUCCUCCUCCGUCUCCUUAUUUUCUUCGUUCCUUUCCAUCCCCUCCCUGUCUUUCCACUAUUCCCGCUCCAUCCAAAGAGACUCCCUCCUCCUCCUCCUCCUCCUCCUCCUCCUCCUCCUCCUCCUCCUCCUGCUGCCGCCUCGCCUCGCCACGCCCAACGCUGCUUAACUUCUAAUUUCCCCGCUGAGAUUGCCUGUGUAAAGAGUUAUUUUCCCCGUCCGUCCCAGGGCUGAUGACGCGCGGCCACACUCGCCUCCAAACACGCUUAACAAGGACGAAAAGGAAGACAUGUAAACAAAGAUAAACAAUGGCGGAAGAAAGAAAGAGCUUGAUUAAAAGAAUGCGUCAGAGGAGGGAAGAAAACACGUGUGGCGAUAGAAGAUGAGUUUGAAAUACGUUUAAUAAGGAAAAAAAGGAAGACAUGAGAAAGAAAGGUGUACCCAUUGAAGUCCUUUAACACCUGUAGCAAUAGAAAAUAAGUUUGAAAGGUUAUAUAUUGUUAUUGUUCAUACGGACGAAAAAAAAGACAAACCAAAACAACAAUAAAGGGGAAGAGAGAAAGAGACUUGAAAAAAAAUUACAAAAGAUGAAAAAGAAGAAAAGUGUACCAAUGGAAAUCUUUGUGACGAUAGAAAAUGAGUUUGAGAAGUUAUAUAAUGUUAGUGUUGAGAAGGACGAAAGAGAAAACAUAUAAACAAACAAACAAUAAAGGGGAAAAAGAAAGAGCCUGUUUAAAAGAAUAUGUCAGAGGAAGAAAAAAGUAUCAACGGCAGUCUUAAAACACAUGUGACGGUACAAAAUGUUUGAAAAGUAUGUAUAUAAGAGAAAAGAAACACGACUAAAAGAAUAUAUAUCAAAGGAGAAAAAUGAAACUGCAAUUCCAAUGGUAACUUUAAAAAACCCGUGACACAUAAAAGCUUCAGUGGGUCAGUUUGAAUAAAGAAAAAAAAAAAAACUCAGCCAUACAAUUCCCGUGACAAAGAA